GUAUGUGUCUCCCAUUCUGUUUCUCACAGACACAAACACACAGCCAUGUACAAUCUAAGAAGAACAAAAAUCUUGCUCUCAACAUUGUUUCUAACUUCAAUCCUUUUCCUAAGCCUACUCUUUUCAAAACCACAUUUCAAAAACUCAAACUCAAAAAGCCCAAAAAUCCAUUUCCAAAACCACAUUCAAAAACAGGUUCUAGAAACAGCCCAUUGGGCAUGCCAAGACACACUCUACAAAUCCCUCUGCCUCUCCACCCUCGCCACCUUCCCCAAUCUUGCCUCCAAAACCCUCCCGCAAAUCAUCUCCUCCACCGUCUCCCACACCGUGUUGGAAGUCAAAGCCUCCUCCUCCAACUGCACCAGCAUCAAAAAGCAGUUCAGCAAAAAGCUCAGCUCGCUUCAGCAGUGGGCUCUCGACGACUGCCUUGAGCUCCUCGACAACACAAUCGACGAGCUCAAGUCAGCCAUCUCCGACCUCUCCACCAACAAAACACUCAACUCCAACCGCUACUACGACUUGAAAGCCCUACUCAGUGCUGCAAUGACCAACCAGGACACGUGUCUCGAUGGGUUUAGUGCUAACGGCACUGCUCCUCGGAGUAGCAAUAUGGGAAUUGUGAGGAGCGAAAUUGAAGGUAGAAUAAAUACAAUCUCACAGCACGUUAGCAAUGCGCUCGUUAUGCUUAAGAAGAUUCCGGGAGCUCAGAAGUACGAGUACUCUGAGACGAUGAAGUCCGAGAUGUUCCCCGACUUCGGACCUGCCAAAAAGAAGUUCCCGACUUGGGUUUCAUCGAAAGAUCGAAGGUUGUUGCAGUCCUCGACGAAUGAGACAAAGUACGAUUUGGUGGUGGCCAAGGACGGCACUGGAAACUUCACUACCAUCAGCGAGGCCGUCGAUGUGGCUCCUAAUUCAAGCGCAACCAGGUUUGUGAUAUACAUAAAGGCCGGGGCAUAUUUUGAGAAUGUGGAGGUUGUGAAGAAGAAGACAAAUCUGAUGUUUUUGGGAGAUGGGAUUGGAAACACGAUUGUCAAAGCCAGCCGGAAUGUAGUGGAUGGGUGGACUACUUUCCGAUCAGCCACUGUCGCUGUGGUAGGAGACGGAUUCAUCGCCAAAGGAAUCACAUUCGAAAACGGAGCCGGCCCAAGUAAACACCAAGCAGUCGCCUUAAGAAGCGGCGCCGACUUUUCCGCAUUCUACAAGUGCAGCUUCGUCGGCUACCAAGACACCCUCUACGUCCACUCCCUCCGCCAGUUCUACCGCGAAUGCGACGUCUACGGCACCGUCGACUUUAUCUUCGGCAACGCCGCCGUCGUCCUCCAGAACUGCAACCUCUACGCCCGCAAGCCGAACGAGAACCAGAAAAACAUCUUCACCGCCCAGGGAAGAGAGGACCCGAACCAGAACACCGGGAUUUCGAUCCUGAAUUGCAAAGUCACGGCCGGGUCGGAUUUGAUUCCGGUGAAAUCGAAUUUUACAACGUAUCUGGGCCGUCCGUGGAAGGAGUAUUCGAGGACCGUUUAUCUGAAAUCGUAUAUUGAUGAUUUGGUGGACCCCGCUGGAUGGUUGGAGUGGAACGGGUCGUUUGCGUUGAGUACGUUGUAUUAUGGGGAGUAUUUGAACCGUGGACCCGGUUCGAAUACGAGCGCGAGGGUGACGUGGCCAGGUUAUCGGGUCAUUAAUAGUUCGGUUGAGGCAAGUCAGUUCACUGUAGGAGAAUUUAUACAGGGAAGUGACUGGCUCAAUUCUACCAAUAUUCCUUAUUUUCUUGGUUUGACUAGUUGAGACAUUGAGAAAACAUACUAGCGUACACUUUUUUAGAAUGUCACGGCAUCAUCUCGGGCUAAUAGUGUGAUCUACAAUGUAGCCAUGCGUGUUCUGCUUUCAUAUAUCAAUGUUGUUGAGUAGGCGCUCAAAUUCAUAAUUAUUAGCAUUUUUAUGAGU